UGAUUCCCACCAAUUGUAUGCGAAUUUCUCACGACUAUGUAGUUCUCAGUGAAAACAUAUCUUAAAUAGGCACAAAUUUAGCUUAAACGGAGUCACUAAGAAGUUUAGUGGGAUUUUGUUUCAAUUUUGCUUGUGUUCUUCCUAUGUCCUUUUCAGUCGCUAAUAUUAUAGGAGGAGCAUUUGGUGGAAAUAGAGGACUGAGACCGGUUCCACCAGAGAAAGGAGUUUUUCCGUUGGAUCACAUGCAUUUAUGUGACCUGGAGAAGAAGGAAUACCUCAAUUGUCUCAAGUCCGCUGGGCAUAAAUCCGAGGAGUGUAGACAUCUCUCUAGAAAGUACCUGGAGUGCCGAAUGGAGAAGAAUUUGAUGGCGAAGCAAGACAUGUCAGAACUUGGCUUUGGCAAAAAUGUUGAUGCCGGAACUAAAUCAGAGGAAAAGACAGACCAAACGAAAGAAAAAUGAAGGUGAAGUACUUGCUAUGUACUUUCGAUUAGUCUGGGCUCUGGCUGUGAAACUCCAGGCCGUCAUUAGUCGUAUCUCCAAAAUUUCUGUCAGUUCUAUGCGGAGGUGCACAUUUUUCCUCUCAACCUUUUGUAACGUUUUAUCUCUUUCUUCUCCUGGAUCCUCUCUGAACUGUAGUAAAAAAUGUAUAGCGAGAGGGGAGAGAACACUAAAGGAAACUGAGUUUAAAGUGUUAUAAAUGAGAGAAUAAUCUUGUUUGGAAAUUGAUAUAAUUCAGAGCAAUGUGUAAAUGUCAUUAUUUUCCUUUUGGCAA